AUGUCCGCAGGCGAAUCUUCAAAACGUUCGAAUCUCAUCGAUGUAUCAUACCAACAACUUCAUUCACUACUCUCCGGGCGCCUCGAGGGCCUAACGCUCGAGCAGCUCGAGGACAUUGUCAAGCCCCGCGUCGAGCAGCUCCGCAACGUCGAACAACCGUUCGGAAAACCUUCGGACGCGUCAAAAAAGAAAGUAGACUCGGGUUCCGUCGUCCUCCGCGACGGUGUCAUUAUCCGCGUCGAGGAGGCCGACAAGGCCUUCAUUUUUGCCCUUAGCGCUGCCUUCGACAUCGACCAAGUCGAAGCUCUUGUCCUCCUCCGCUCCUUCCUCUACAACGAGGGCCUACCCAAGAGCGUGGACUCUGCCACAAACAUCGUCGACGAGCUCGUCGACGCCAUCACCCCCUUCUACUACUCUGAGCGCCUCUUCGUCCUCCGUGCCUUCAUCCCCCUGUUUCGUGCCAAUGAGAACGCAGCAGAUCCCGUUCACGCCGUCGCCCGAAAAAUGCUCCCGGCUAUCCUCCCCGACGGCAAGGUGUUCGCGAAGACCCUUCUCGGGGAGUACGUCCGUAAGACAUCUGCCGCACCUCCCUCUCGCGUGGGGCCAGAUGACGCGCGACAGAUUGCGGCGUGGGCGAAACAGAACGUGCGGGAGCAGCUCGGCGCACUUGAAGCACUUUUCUGGACGAUGUGGAGCUACGUGCCGUGUGAUCCUACGCUCGUCGUCGCCAUCUACGAGGCCGCGUAUUCGACCCAGCUCGGGUCAGUGCAGAAGAACUCGAUGUGGCUGCUCGACAGUGAGGCGACGCAGGUGCAACAGGACGUCGCGGCGCUGUGGAUUCUGAUUACUAUUGAGGUGCUCGAGCUCGAGCGCGCGGCAGAGCCCGCUGGGAUCGUGCUGGCUGACGACUCCGCAGAUACAGAGAUAUACUGGGUGUCGCCGGACGCGCUCGAGCGAAUACACGAGCUCGUGACGUCGCACGGCGACAGCCUUUACGCGUGUACAUACAUGGCCUGGACGUUCGUACUCUCGCGAAUCACGAAGGCGAUGGUGGAGAUGAAGGAGAAGCUUCCAGCGGCGUUCAUGAACUUUGCGCAGCCUCUGUGUUCAGGUCGCGAGCGGAUGCACACGAUCAUGGCCAGGACGUGUUUAGACCCUGACGCCGGCCUCUUCAAGCUGAUGCUGACCAUGCUGACGAACUCGCCGCUGUUCGUCACCGCCAUGGCGUGGCGCACUGGCUCGACACUCACCGAUCCCAAUGCUGUGGCAUAUCGUUCCGUCCUCAAAGGUCUCGUAAUCGCGAUUGUGGAGCUUAUGCCUGUCGAGCUCGUCCCGGGGUUCGACGAGUUUGUGGACGUGUGGAUUGCGCUCUUUGGGCGAAGCGAAAGCCUCUCCGUCUCGGGAAUCUGCCGUCAAUUUUGGCUGGCUGACUGGACGCAGGGCAUCGCACGGCGGGCCAUCCUCGAUGUUGCACGUUCAAGGUUCCCCGUACAGCCCCGCCCACUCGUCAGGCUCCUGCGUGCGAUGACAGCAACGGGUUUCCUGGAUACCGACCCCCUUUCGACGGCAGACCAUGCAAACGAGGGCGAACUGCUCGACCCUGACCGCGAACUGUGCGCGCGCCACGUAUUCUACUUCAUGGAUGCGCUCCCGACAUACACGCAGGUCGUUCCCCUCAGCGCAUGCACAGGCGCCCAUGCCCUAUACGAGAAGCUACCGGACCGCUACGGCGGGACGCCCACAUCGCCCGGACUUGCCUAUGUCAACCUGCGUCCGCUCAAGCUGCCCGGAGGCAGCGUCCUCCCGCUGAAGACCAUCGGACGCCUACUGAGUGGCGACGGAGGUGAAUUUAUCGUGGUCGCGUGGCAGCACGAGCACUGCGGGUGGAAGACGCUGCUCGAGAUCCUGACGGACUACGUGAACCGCCGACGGGCUCAGUCCGGUGCGGGGGCGGGGUACCAGGACCUCUCGUUCGCGCCACGCUCCAGCGCACACCAGCCGCUUGUGCUGCGGCUGGAGGACAUUGGCGUGGAGAUGGACCGCGUAGGCGAUGAGGACCUCAUCAUGGACGUGCUCGACCUCAUCCGCAGUGUCGUGCAGGACAACCCGAGGCUCGCGGAGCUUCUCCUGCGGUCGCUCGAGACGGGCGCUCCCGUCGUCUCACACACGAUGGUGGAGGCGCAGCCGCCCGAUCUCGUGCAACUGACGACGACGAUCCUGGAGGAUGCGCUGUUGCGCUCGUCGGGAUCCAAGAGCGCUCCCCGCUCCCCCCUGAUUACCUCCGCCAUGAGUGUCCUCUCUGCCCUACUCGCACUGCCGAAAUAUUCAACCCGCGUCUGGCUGUACGUGCGAUCCACCUCGUCACUCUUUGGGUCCGAUCGGGACGUCGGCGUCGCAUCUGCUGUGCUUGCUGCUGAGAGACUGACGGGCCACUAUACGAUGACGCUCGCGCUCCUCUACCUUGUCCAACAAUUAUUCAGUGAAGCAUCGGCGUCCGUACUUUUUGUUGCCAAAGAGUCUCCGAAACUGCAGCAGAUCAAAGAGGAGGUACUUUUGCGUGCCGCGCGGUUCGUACAUGCGGAGGUCUGGGUUGAGCAUAUGGGGUGGAAGUACGCACAACUGGGCGACCGCUUCGAGAUCGGGCGGCGCGUGACGGCAUUCUACGCGGAAGUAUUCAAGCACUCGCCUCCCGUGCUGAAGAAUGCACCUUUUUCGGCGCUCAGCAGCGCCAUCGCGGACGCGUUCGUCUUCAAGGCGACGACGUCGACCGUCACGCCGCUCGUGUCGUCUCUCACUACCGCGGGGCAGGUAUUGGGCAUGCUCUACGCGUCCCGCAGAUACGGCGAUGCGCGCCGGCUGAUAUAUCUCCUGGAGUCGCAUUUGUUCUUCACCCGCACCUUGCUUUAUUUUAAGCAGAAUUCGGCGUUCGCUGCGGAGCCGUGUCUGCUGGAGCAGGCGCUCCGCACUCGCGUCGGUGGCAGCAUCGCGUCGUUCGACGGAGGCCCCUCGAAGGUCGAUCCUGUGGAUGCGUUGGCCGGGUACGUCAAGGAGCGUGGCAUGGGCUCGAUUGUCCCUGUGGAGGCGAUGAAGGUGCUGUUCUCCUUGUGCUCUUCUCUGUCGUUAUCCCAAGGAGCCUCGCCGACGAUCAUCGGCCAUCUGUCAGAUCCCGAGGCAACCGUGCUCUCGCUGGUGCGUAUCAUUCAGCACCCCUAUGACGAUGCGCUGCUGCGCAACGCGGUGUGGAACUUCAUUACGCUCGCCAUCGAUAAGGAGCCCGCAUUAGCGAGGCUCUUCGUCACGGGGCAGUUCCGGGCACCGAACUCCAAGUCGGCCGCGGAUAGUGUGGACGUAACAGGGAAGGGGAAAGAAAGGGAGAAGCCCGAGACCCAUAACAUACCACAAACGAUUAGUGCGGUCAGUAUCGCGUGCGAUAUGCUGGAGCAUUGGCAGCAGCUCUGGGAGCUCAAUCCACAACUGCUAGCAUCGCUGCUGCGAUUUUUGGACGUCGUGUGGCAGCACGGCCACGAGCACAAGGCGGUGCUGGACAAAAUUCGCGAGAGCUCAGAGUUCUUCACGCAGCUUGCUGAGAUCGCCGCUCGAGAGCUCGGACCGCAUCCGGACUACAGGACAGAGCGCCUUGUGGAGAUGGAUGGCCUGCAGCGUUCACACCUUCACGAGGCCGUCUCGUCUCACGCCUAUCGUACUGCUCUCAAGUCCCACGCCAUGCACAUCAUCGCAGUUGACAUUCAGAUGCACUGGCUGGUACAUGGUAAUAAGCCGUCCGACAAACCGAAGAGUUAUACCGCGAUCGAGAGCGUUCUCAAGGAUGAGGAUCAGCUCACCGAGUUGACUUAUGAGGCCGUGGCGAGUACGUAUGACCCGACUGUGCACGACGACUUUGCGGAGCUCGCCAACAAGAAUUUCCCUUCGCUCAAAAUGGAACAAAUGCAGUUGCAGGAACCGCUGGUGGAUCGCGAAUACGGGGACCACUUUGCGUUCUCAACGACCCUUCUACAGUUCCGGCUACAGCCGUUUAACCUCGCUGACGGUGUGCUCUUGGAGGCGGUGAAACGGCUGACCUCCAUCAAUCUCACGUUGUCUCUGACGCAGGCUCAGACUGCUCUGACGGAAUCGUGGCAGUAUCUACUCUUACAGGCUGUGACAUAUCUUCGUGGAGAUGCACCAGUACGUACAACACUGCUGUCCCUCGCCGCUUCCAUCUCCCGUGAUUUGUCUAUGGAGAAGCGUUCGGGAGAUCUGAUGUCAACUAUUCACUGGGCGCGGCUGUCGCUGCUGCUCGCUUUGCUUGAGGUCGCUUGGUUCUCGACGUCGGAUACAAAGGAAGAGGUUGAACACUUCGUAUCUCUGGUGGACCAUGUGCGAGGAAUUAUCCUCAGUCCCUCACAUCCACCUGCAAUGUCGUUCCUUGGGCAGUUGACUAUUCCCUUUCACCGGCCAUUGUUACAGAUAAUCUACUUCUGUGCACGACAUAGCAGAAGCCUUGCGCUGCGCGAAAAGGCCCUCAAUUCUCAGCAGCGUCUGCGCAUGGUUGCAAUGCUCGAGUCGACGUUGACGUUUGUGAUCGACAGUCUGCGCCUGGCCUUCGACUCUGCGCGUGCUCGAUUAGAUGUCGAUCUGGACCAAGACCUCGAGCUGCUGGUGGCAGUCUUCGAGCAGUGUACGCGCUCAGAGCUCACCGUGCCUUCGACACUCUGGCUCACGCGGUGUCAAGAAACGGACGUAGUUGGAGCCAGUCUCCAGCUGCUCAGCAACAUGGACCUUGUGGGUUUGUCAGACAUUGGUUUGCUUCGUGCCCGGAAGCAGCCACUAUACGCAUCUCAUGUCUUGGCGUUCCACAUGGCGUUGGCCCGGAUACCCUCUGCUGCGGAGAGACUGGCGAGCGAAGGUGUACUCACAGCGUACAGUGAGAACCGGAUAAGUGCUGCCAUCAGAGCUGGAAUGGUCGACGUCACCCUACCGGAGCUUCCUGGCGAGAGAAGCCCCGCACAUACCGCGUACUGCUCGAUGGUGGCGGUCGUUGCAGGCGUGAUCACUUCCCUAGGACGCCACGGCCAGUACUUCGAUGCCGAGGCCUGCGGGCUCAUCCAGCUGUUCGGCGAGCAGAUUCACCGCGCACUCUCGUGGACCAUCGGAGACCCGCUCACACUACCGCUGCUGGAGGAGAUCGAGCAAGUGGUGAACCUCUUCUCCGCACUCGCACAGAACACUGCCGGCGCGGGUGCGAGCGAGGCGGUGGAGCGUGUGCUGGGAUCGUUCGUGUCGGACGCGCAGCUCCUACUGCAGCAGCUCAACUACGCGUUGACGCACCCGAACCAUCUUGCCAGCCUGUUUGAGUCGGUCACAGCGGACGAGAAGGCGCGGUUCGAGGCGGACCGCGGGAACGCGUCGGUGAACUCCCCCGCCGAGGCACUCAACCCGCUGACACGCCCGUUCCUCGCGCGGCUCGUAUACCGGCUGUUCCGCCUAGCGGGCGGGGUGCUCUCCGCACUCGUUGCCAUCAGCGGCGCCGAGACGGUGCUCACGGGCGAGCGGGAGGACUGGCCGAUACAUGGGGUGCUGAUUGUUCCGCACUCGAAGGUUAUCCUCGGAGAUCCUGCAUCGUUGGGUACGCUAGUCGAGCUGGGCAACUGUGCUCUAGACGUGCUGCGGCACCUCGUGGACCGGCCAGGUGCGCAGGCAUUGACGCCAGCCGCAGGGGCGUCGUCCGGGGGGAAGGCGCUGGACGUGCGGGAUGCGGCGCUCGCGACGCGGCGCGCGCUCGAGGGUGCAGUCCUGUAUGGGGUAACGCAACUAGCGCUGUGGCUCGCGAAGCCUGAGUUCGACCUGCCACCGCGGCCGGCGGGGGAGCAGGAGGUGGAGGACGUGCCGAUGCAGAUGCUCAUGGAUGCGUCACUGUCGUCGUCACUGGGGUCGGAGGCGAAGGAGCGGCGGGCUCGGCGGCGGUCAUCGCUGACGCUCGAGGAGCGGCUGCGGCGUGUGAUGACGGGGGAGAUGGCGGCGGAGGUGCUGGCGCUGCUGGGAAAGGCGAAGGGCGUUAUCGCGAAGAGCGUGGGGGUCGUGGGGAGCGAGGAUGUGGAUCUGACGGAUAUACUCAUACGGUUUGUCCAUGAGCGGAUCGCGGCGCCGCCGUAA